GCGCUCUUGUCGAGUAUCUCAUACUAUGUCAUGUUAUUUGUAGAUGAUUUAGUGGAACCAGUUGGAUGAUUGUAUGGACUGUAGGCUACAAUGCUGUUUUCUCAAAGAAAAAAACUGAAGGUGACGCUACUGCAUCUCUUCGUUCUCUGCUCAGCCCAGCAUUCAGCCCAGCAUUCAGCCCAGCAUUCAGCCCAGCAUUCAGCACAGCAUUCAGCCCAGCAUUCAGCCCAGCAUUCAGCCCAACCUGAGACUUGGCAGGUGAAAGGCAUCGUGGGAAAGUCUCUCUCUUUUCCAGAAAAGGUGUUGAAGUCUGGCAGUUUACUUUAUGGACACCUUGGCAAUAUUGCACACGUGUACCCUGGUAAACAAAGUAAUACCAACCUUGAGAAGAGAUUUGAAAACCGCCUUCACUGGAACAAUGUUACUGGAGUCUUCACUUUGACAGACCUACAAAUAGAUGAUUCUGGGGUUUAUACUGUGGAGAAUGCAGAUGAAGAGAAGAAGACACAUAUAUUUCAGCUGACUGUGUACUUUCUGUCCAAACCUCAAGUGACAGUCCAUCACAGCAGCUCCUGCAGUGUGGUGUGUUCUGUGGAGAACGGGAGAGAUGUAACCUUGUCCUGGUACCGAGGAGAGGAGAAACUCAACCAGACCAGCAGCCCUGUCCUCAACAUCACCCUCUCUCUACCUCUCAAGGUAGAUGAACAGACCAGAGACUCUUACAGAUGUGUUGCUGCCAACCCAGUCAGCAAGGAGACAGCUGUUGUUCCACAUUCCUGUAUAGAGAGUGAUCCCUCCAAGGUGGCAGGUAAAAACAUAUGGUAA